AUGCGAAACUGCUUGGCUUAUGCGAAAGAGCAUGAGCGAGCUGCCAGUGCUGGAUACGACCAAUCUAUUUAUCUAUGGGAUAUAGCUACUUUAACGAAGCUUACAACGACGAAUAACACUGUGACAACCUCUUCGCUCAUGGGAUGCAAAAACAGCAUCUAUGCGUUAGCAAUGAACGAUGCAGGAACGGUGAUUAUAUCAGGAAGCACAGAAAAGACAGACAGAGCCUUUUCCUUCGUGUACAGUGCUGGUAGAGAUAGAAGAGUUUUUCGGACGCCCAUAUGUGAUUUCGCUCAAAGCCAGCUCCUUUUUGAGGAAGAUGCUUUUGUGAAGCGGCUCCUUUUGGAUGACCACGAUCAUCCAUCAGCCGUAUGGUCAGCAACAUGGAAUUCAACCAUAAAGAGGUGGCCACUGCCAUCUAAUACGCAGUUGUCGAUUGGCGAUGGAGCGACAUCUAUAAAGCACGCUGGCGUUCUCAAUGACAAACGUCACGUUAUUACCAAAGACUCAGAUGAUUGUAUAGGCCUAUACGAUGUAUUAGCGGGAAGAAAGUUUCGACUUAUGGAUGUGAACGCUAACAAUUUUCAGGUAGCGGACUUUGGUAAAAGGCCGUUUGAAGAUGUAGUCUUGGAACAUAAUAGGAAAGUUUUUGUACCGAGUUGGUUCUCUGUGGAUUACAAAAGUGGGAUGUUACAAAUCACACUUGAAGAAGGCGAUGUGUUUUCGGCCUGGUUGUCUGCGAAAGAUGCUGGCGUAGACGAUUCUGACAACAAGAUAAAUUAUGGUGGCAUGAUGCUACGCUCAUUGUUUGAGCAUUACCAGCAUUGUGACAUGGGAGCAGAAGGGUCAGAGACUGCUCUAGCCACCGCUGGAGAAGUGAAUGGUAGAACUGUGCUGCGUUUACUAGUCCGAGAUGCCGCUAACGAAGCUGAGUCUGCUUGUUUAGCUAAGGAUUUACCAGAAUGGAUCACAGCAGUCGUGGAGCGCAGUAUGCUUCCGAAGUUCACGAAAAUGCCGUUUUACUUGUUGCCUCAUGCUAGUCUCAAUGUAAAGACGCCAAAAAAGUGAGU